UGUCUAAAACACUCUUUACUUUCAUUUUCGCUUUUUAUGCUGAGUAACUGUGAGUAUUUGUCCGUGUCGUGCACGGAAUUGAAUUACACAGAAAGAGAGCAUAUUCUUAUUUCUAACCGCCUCCUGUGAAGUCAAAGCCUUUACUAAACUCUAAUAAACAACUUCUGCUCUCCAAAGACGACAUGGCUGCUGUGGAUAUUCGCCUCAAGUCGAAGAAACAGGUGGACGACUUCUGCCAAAAGCUCACCAAGGAGGCGGAGGUGCUGGUGUCAACAUAUUUCCCUCAGAAGCUCGAAGAGCUGCAGGAGCUGCUGAAGUCUUUCAGAUGCAACGAUCUGCCUUCUUUGAAGGCUCCACUCGACAUCCCGAUACCCGAUCCGGCGAAAGAGGAGGCCAAGCGCAAGAAAAAAGAGCAGAAGGAGGCUAAGGAGGGGAAGAAAGACAAGGACAGUGAUAAAGAGGAUGAAGACGCAGGCCCUCCAUGUGGUCCCAUCUGCACCAAUGAGCAGGUGGAGAGCCUCCUGCCGAAGGUCAAAACUGAGAUCCAGACACUGAAGGAGAAGCUCAACACGGUGUCAAUGUGGGUGCAACUCCAGAUUCCUAAAAUUGAGGAUGGGAACAAUUUCGGAGUGGCUGUCCAGGAGAAAGUGUUUGAGCUGCUGACCAACACACGCACCAAGAUCGAAGGAUUCCAGACUCAGAUUUCAAAGUAUUACAACGAGAGGGGUGACGCUGUGGCCAAAGCCUCCAAGUCGCCCCACGUGGGAGACUACAGACAGCUGGUCCACGAGCUGGACCAAUAUCAAUACUGCGAGCUCCGCCUUGUGGUCUUGGACGUCCGCAAUACAUACGUAAGACACCCACUGCCUCUUGCUUACAGUUGGCCCUCUCUGACUGCGUGUAUCCUGAAUCUCAUGAUCCACACUCCGUGUACCAUCUGCUGUUUUCAUGCUCUGUACUUUAAAUUGAGCGGCUUGGGUGUAAAAUAUGCCCGUCGUGUCCACCGGCGGGAGCGGCAGCUUAAAUGGAAUCCAUUCCUUCUUAAUAGGAGGGUAAUUAAACUAAUUGCAGUGCUUGUGUUAAAUUGAUUGGCGCCCCGUCUCCCGUC